AUGAGGCAAGUUGGAACUUCCAGUGUACCAACCAGUACCCCCACCAGUAAGACUAGAGUAGCCAACACAACUAAGAAGAAGAAAGAAGAAGAAACUAAGGUGAAGCCUACUGAAUCCCAAAGAGGGAAACCCUCUAAAAUACAAUUCCGAAGGAAAGGUAAAACUAUUGAGCCUCAUGUUGUGCCUACCCAAAUUGGUAGAAGAAAGAAGGAGAAAGCUCACAAACUGGUGAUAGAUAUUGAGGAAACAAAAUCAGAAGAAGAUAAGAGAGCAUUAAGGGCAAGUGCUAAGAAGCAGAAGACUACUCAAAAAGAAGCAAAUGUAAAUGUUGCUAUUAAGGAUAAUCAAAAGGAUUUAGUUGAUGAGGAAGAUGAAGCACUAGUAAAAGAACAUACUGUUGAAAAUCUGCAACCGGUCAUAGAUACUACUGAGGAAGAGGAGACAGAAAAAGAUGAGGCAGAGAAGAAAACAGAGAAGGUGGAAGAGGAGAGGACAAUGGAGGAAAUAAAAACAUCUCCUGAGAUACCUUCUGAAUCCAAACUGAAGAAAACAAUAGUUGAUGAUGAUUAUGACUCUAUGAGAAUAAAAGGUCCUAUUAAUAUAAACAAUUUGAGUUAUUUAGAGUUAAUGGAGAUUGCUACUGCAAUGCAAUCUUGGGAACAGGUUGAGAAUAAAGGAGAAGAGAAAGAAGCAAACAAAAGCUCAACUGAGCAACCGGUGAAUACACAGUCAACAGAAACUCAGACUACUCCAGACAAUAUAAGUGUAGAUGCAAAUGUAAAUGUUGCUACUAAGGAUAAUCAAAAGGAUUUAGUUGAUAAGGAAGAGGAAGCAUUGGUGAAAGAACAUACUGUUGAAAAUUUGCAACUGGACACAGAUACCACUGAGGAAGAGGAGACAAGAAAAGAUGAGGCAAAGAAGAAAACAGAGAAGUUACUUGUUGAUGCCAAUGAACAACUAAAAUCACUUGAAGAGGUAGCUCAUGCUUUAGUAGAAAAAGAUUACAAGAAGAGAAGGGGAGAGCAAUUGAUUUCAGAAAGUGACAAAGGUAAGGUUCCUUUAACAAUAAAGAAAGAUCUUUUGAAAACCAGAUUAGACACUGGAGGUGAAGCAGAUAAGAUCCCUGAGGGAGCUAAAGAAACAGUUAAUUCGGAAAGUUGA